AGUGCUCUUGCGGCGGUGUCGGUGUCGCCGCCAGGCUCGGGCCCGCUCGCGGCCCUGUGCUUGAGGAGGUGGUGGGUGCCCCUCUCUCGGGGCAGGGGGUCCGCGCUGGGCCUGGCCUGCAGGGGAGGCAGUAACCGAGCAGAGGCGCUCAUCGGCGGAAGGCGAGGAACACUUCAAGAAUGAGUCCACCACAAGAUAGAAGCAGAAAUUCUUGCAGCAGUGAGCCUCUGGCAAAGUGCCUUCAGGCAAAGAAGGACCUGGAAACAGCUAUCUCUGGAAUUGUCAAAGCUGAGCAACAGAUUAAAGAGAACUGGCGGGAGGUGAAAGCAAAGAUUCACAGCCACAUCAGCCGCCACCUGGAAUGCCUGCGCAGUCGUGAGGUUUGGCUCUUUGAGCAGGUAGAUCUCAUCCAGCAGCUCAAAGAGGAGGCGUUGCAGCAGCAAGCACAGCAGCUGUACUGGUAUCUGGGACAAUUCAACUGCCUUAUUCAUCAGCUGGAGCGCUCCUGUAGUAACGAACUAGCAAACCAGAUUUCAGUUUGCCUCGAGAGACUGGAGAGUCUUACUCUUAAACCAGAGGAGUCUUCCAUCCUGAAUUUUGAGGCUGACACCGCUUACCUUCGCCAGGCUAUUACCUCAUUUGGUUCAAUUAAAACGAUGCAAACCUCAGAGAAAGAGAAUACUUCUCCUUGGUUCCCAGGGCAGAACUGUGCCCUAAUGAACUGUGAGCAGAAGACACUGUAUGGGACAGUGAGUGCCUCACUUGCUGACUGGUUACUCGGGAGCAGACCUCUGGGUGCUUGCCAGGCUCCUUAUGUUCCUAGCACCAAUCUUGCAGAAUGGGUUACCCAAAACCGUGUGUCAGAGCCCAGCCAGGAUUUAAAUUCUUCCAAAGUUUGUUAUUUUGAGCAAGCCUGGGGAAAUCUGAAGGAUCUGGAAAACUGGCUCCUGCAGAAUCAGCAGUGGGAUGUUGCUGGGAAGACAGACUCCCCUGGCCACAAGGACUACACCUCUACUUUCAGCUCGUCCUUUUCCGCUAUUGAAAAGGUGGAGGAAUUAGAAUCCCUUGGACAAGAAGAGAUGGACCUAUCUGACUGGCUGCUUACAGCUGACACAGAAAAUGGAAGCACUGCUUCAGAUGAGAAAUGGAAGUAUGAAUUCAAACCUUUUAGGGAAGAGUUUAAUCUGAAUGAUUGGCUCCUCAAGGCUGAAACAUGUACUAGUUGUUGUGGCAGCCAGAUCAAAAGUGUGGAAAUUGAGAACCUGGGAAAUCUGAAGUGCCUGAAUGAGCAUCUUGAUGGAAAGAAAUCACCCACUACAUCUGCUGUGAAUGCUUGGCUUCUUCAGCAUCCCCAGGCCCCAUUUAAAGUGGAAGAUGUGUGCAAAGCUAAUGAGCUGUGUGCCAGUUUUUCAGAAUGCAUGUGUGAUGAAAACUGUGGAAAAGUGGCUCUGUGUAAAUGGCUUCUGAGGAAAGAAGGGAAGGAUAAAAAUGGCAUUCCAGUCAGCCAGAAAGAUGUACCAGACCCUGAGCAUGCGAAGGACAAGUCUGCUACCAGUAGCUGGCUUAACCCCACACAGCAACUCACAGGGGAACCUGUGAGUGCAGAGAAAGCAGAUUAUUCAGCAGAGAUCGCAGAACCCUUGAAAGUAUUGCUCGAAAGGCCUCUGACAAGCUGGCUAGCUAAGGCUGAACACAAAGCAGAAGGGGCAGAAGAAAAGGCGAGUAGGGAAAAAGCAGAUAAUAGUUUCAAGAGUCCUUUCCUAGACCUCUUCCACCUCCCCUUGAACGUAAAUAGUUGGGUGCUGACUUCAAACAACCCAGAAAAUGCUAACCCACCUCCAGCAGAAGAUAAAUGGCUUCUACGCAAGAAAGCACAAGACUUUGGCCUUCCUACAGUUUGUGACCUUUUUGCCUGUAUGAAACUCAGUGGCGAUAAAGAUAAAUGGCUGUAUCAGACUCCUUUACAGAUGUGAAGAACUGGAAGGAUGGAAACCGUCCCCUUCCCGCUGAUGGAUCGCACAUCCCGCUGAGUGACUGCAGCCGGCUGAGUUCUUGUGUUUUGUGUUUGGCCAUCCGCUUUUUCUUCUCAAAUUCUAACAAAAAGAUUACCCAUAUAACCGAGUUACAGUGCAGAAGAUGCCUUUUUGUCAUGAUUAAUUCUGAAAUGUAAAUCCACUGAGCACAAACAAUCCAAUACUAUAGAGGUGUUAGUAAAUUUGUAUCUGUUAUGGGACUGUGUGAAUCUUUUUAAUGGGUUGUCACUUGAAGCCAGUGCAAAUACAAAGCAGAUCUCCCUGGUGCUGUGAAACGUUCACCCUUAGCAGGAACUUUAGGAAUGUUGCUGUUCCUUUCAGCUGCUACGUGUUUGUGGUGAGCUGGGUUCCACCUUACUGGGAUUGCAGGAUGACUUAGGCUGUAUUUGGAAGUAAUUUAUUUUAUUGAGCAAUAUCGAACUUUAAAGUUUCCAUUUGCAUCUUGUAGAAGUGCAUUUCCUGGCUGAGUGUGUGUAGUCUAGACUUUGAAAAAGGCAAGAACUUAUGGUAUGUGACACAUGGCAGGAGAAUCGGUAACUUAGUUGUGAAUGGAAACUUUCUUGCAGAUCUUUGAGCCCUUCAGAGAACAGAGUAGGGUGUUAACCUUCAUGCAUCAGUAGAUCGGAUCCUGCUGUGUCCCCAGUACUUUAUUUGAAUUUCACUGGAAAAGCUCUAAGAUGAAAUAUGUAUGUUUCUGCUGGUUCUAGAUAAUUCAUAUUGAACUUUUAUUGACUAAACCACUGAAAAGCAGGUGUCUUAGCCACAUAGUAUUUAAAGGUAGUAUUUGGGGAAUUAGAUGCCUUCUCAUCAGAUUGAUGUGAUGCUAUUUAACUGGGAAACACUAACUUAGUAAACUGCGUGGCUCCCACUGGUGCAUUUUACAGACAUUUCAUCUGUGGAAUUCCAUGCUAUGCAUAUGAAAGUGGGAUUGGGCAAUUCCGAUUCCUAUAGCUGUGGACAUAAUAUGAACAAUACCUCUUCAGCUAUUUAGCAUUUUGAGCCUGUAGGAAAGAAUGUGGAGAUGGAAAUGUGGAUCAUGCCUGUCAGCUUGCAUGAAAAACUGUGAAGUUAUAUAGUUCCUGGUGCAACUUAUACUGACUCUUAAAGACUAUAGGAACAGCCUCCCCUGCUCCCAGCCCACCACCCUGCCUGGGAAUAAAAGUGGUUGUUAUUCUUCACAACCUUGUAGAAAUUAUUAGCAAGAUCCAGUGUUGGUGUCCCAUGGCAGUGUGAACGUGUUCCUGCCUGACAGAACCUGUGCAUUUGUUUAAAAUCAGUUUAGUCUGAGAGAGGGACACUGCACAUCUGAAAGAGGCCCCGAAAGGAAAGCAGCAGACCACCUGCAGUGCUCAGGCUUCUGUAGUCAGGGCUUUCUGCUGAAAGCAGUAACGUGUUUCUGAAGUUCUCUUUACCCAUUGAACGUGUCCUUGCUGCUGCAUGGGAAGACUGCACUGUGACUAACUCCAAUAACAGCUUAAUUUGAUUAGCAGUUGAACUUAAUAAAUGUGAUUGACAUGCAACCCACCUUGUAAUUCCUUGUAGUUGUCAUUGUGUGCUACUUUGUCAGUUCAUUACGAGCCUUUAAAACUUGGGGGUAUGUAUUCCUUUACUUACUCAACUGACUUGUUAUCACUAAUUGAUAUUUAUGUAAAACAUUGAUUAGUCUUUUCCAUUAAAAAUAAUUACAACGAAA